AUGAGCGGCUGGGACGGCCAGGGAGGCGCGGGGGGGGCCCCCUUGGACCCCCCCGUGCCGGGGGCUGCCGAGGCGGGCGGAAAUUUCCGCGGCGGCGCAGUUUUCAGCCCACAGUCGGACAUGACGGAGGCCGCCCGCGGGCAGCUGGGCGGUGCAUUCCCGGCGUCUGGCACGUGGGGGCAGGGAGAAUUUGGCACUGGGGCGGGGGCCGAUCUGCUGCUGUCCAGGAUGCUCAUGAAUCCGAUCUCGGAGUGCGCUGGGGGGAGCGGCCUUGUGGGGGCUUGGGAUUCGAAAUCGGUGGGCAGGGGGGGGGGUUGUGGGCGGCCAGGGCGGAGGGCUUGA